AUGGAUCUUUUAUCCUCGACGCCUUCCUUGUUGCGGACCCAACUUUCCGGUGUGGCCGGGUCUGUUUCGCUUGCCUGCUGGCUGGUUCUUCUGCUGCCGCAACUCAUCGAGCAAUGGCGCCUCAAAUCCGCCGAGGGAAUCUCUCCCUUGUUCCUUAUUCUGUGGACACUUGGUGACAUUUUGAACCUUGUGGGCGCGUUAUGGGCCGGGUUGUUGCCCCAGGUUGUUUUAUUAGCCGCCUGGUUCACCUUCGCGGACGGAUUCACCUUGGCAUUCUACUACUACUUCACCUACAUCUAUCCAAAGAGAUUGUCGCAAGAACAGGCUCCGUUGCUCGGCCAAACGUCGCGUCGGAAAUCGUCCACGCUCGACGACGUGGUUCUCCAGCCCCAAAACCACUCAAUCUUCGUCAAGUACAUCUUGCCCCUGCUUGCCGUCUUCGCAGCAGGCUUCAUUGGGUUCCUCUGCUCGUCUCCACCAAAAGAACAACCAGAUACAGAAAUGGCCCUCGGCGCACAAAUCUGCGGCUACCUGUCCGCGCUCCUCUAUCUAAGCGCCAGAUUGCCCCAGAUUGCCCAGAAUUACACAAAGAAAUCGUGCAAGGGUCUCAGUCUGCUGUUCUUUAUGCUGUCAACCUUCGGAAACAUCACCUACGGCCUGCAGAUCCUGUUCUACCGCUCCGACUGGGACUACAUCGUCCUCAACAGCAGCUGGCUGCUCGGCUCGUUGGGCACCAUCCUCGAGGACGCCGUCAUCUUUGUCCAGUUCUACAUGUACCGCGACCCUGCUGCCGUGUUCGACUAG